AUGCAGCUCGUGACGUCAUUGUUUACAGACCGUGGUCACAGAUAUACAAAUAUUUUGCUGUGGUAGUACAAGAGGAAGUGAAGUGGAGGAAGCGAAUUCAAGACAGCGAACGAGGAGACAGUGGAAUGUAAAUAGUAUGGCUGUCAGCCAGCGAAGCUCGUUAAACGUUUUCUGUUGAUUGGACCAACAACAGUCUAAAUUUCACUACUUUUUUUGUUGUUGUUGCCAUUUACGCUGUCAACUGGCUUCGUGGUAUGGUACAAUUCUUUUAAAGAAUAUGGUUACUCGAAUUCACCAGCUGAUAUUUUCAGACGAAGCUAAGAAGUCAACCAUACCGCAUUUGAUAUCCUAGAAACAUACUGAGUCAUCCAUGUCACGAGGCAAGGGACAAGCUUGACCAGCUCCAUCUCCCUUGUAACUUGUCCAUCUCUCUGGUGUAUUCCAUUGUAUAGUCAGGAAAAGCACAACUUUUAUAACCAGAUAAGUUGUGCCUCCCCCAAAGAUAACUUUGCUCUAGUUUGCAGCUGUAGCUACAAUGGACAGAGGCAGUGCUGAAAAUUAUCUGUAAGAUAAUUGUACUUUUGUUAAGGUUAAAUUGAUAUAUAUAUAUAUAUAUAUAUAUAUAUAUUAGUGUAAAGAUCAUUAUCUUUUGUUAGAGGAAAUCUUGUAGAGUUUUGUGAAAUCCACUCUGUCUUACAGUCUGAAUGACAUAAAACCGACAGAGCGACUGUGGAUUCUACUGUAGCCGUCCAUCAAUCCUGUUUUGCAAACUAAGGACACUGUUACUCAGGGAACUGAUUGUCGAGUAGAUUUCCCUCAAGAUUCACCUAGAAGGUCACUGCCAACUUUUAAAGCCUUGAAUAUUGUUAAUGUAAAGGGCUGAGUUUGUUUUUCUAUGCUUAUACAGCCUAAGCCUGAAGUAGUCUUUACAGACGACUUGGCCUUAUUUUCUAUUGAUUAAGUGCUACAUUGAACAUUACCCGGCUAUGGAGGAUUCUGAGAUAGUCGGAGGAGAUCUCCUGAGCGUUGUCAAAGAUGACUGCUCUCUGACAGAGGCUAUUUCUGAGGAGGGUGGCCAUGCACCAGGGUCCUCUGUAGCUAAAGAAAGCCACAAAGCAGAGCCCUUGGACCGUGAAGAUUCCACCAAAGUACCAUCAGUCAAGACUCCAAUUAUGGAAGCAGAAGGUUCUGGCAAACACAGUGGAACCGCACUCACGCCAGUCAUGUCUGAAAACGGCACAACAGAAGACGCUCAAUCCACCCCGCAGAGCCAAACUCUGACCGAAGUGAACGGGGAGAGCUCAGAGGCCAUGUUUGGAAGGUCGGACGAGAAUAGCCAGUCGGCUACAAGCGACUCUCCCUCCUUCUCCAUCCGCAGCCUGGAGUUCUUCGAGGGCAACACCGGGAAUGACGAGCCAUUGUCGUCCUACUCUGCCCUGGGCGACGAGGGCCGCUCCCCCUCUGCUGACGUCCCCGGCCUGGUCAGUGACGUCCUGGCUGCCGCAGCCACGGGAGGGGCCACCGCCGCCCCAGAGCCCAUGACGCCGGCCUACUACUUUGUGAAAUGGAUCACCUGGAAGGAGAAGAAGACACCCAUCAUCACACAGAGUGAGAACGGGCCCUGUCCCCUGCUGGCCAUCAUGAACACCCUGUUUCUGCGCUGGAAGGCCAAGCUACCCGCCCAGACAGAAGUAGUCACCACAGAGGACCUGAUGGCUCACCUUGGAGAGUGCGUAUUGUCCAUCAAACCCAGGGAGGAGGCUGAGGGAAUGGAGCUCAACUUUCAGCAGAACAUGAGCGAUGCCAUGGCAGUUCUGCCAAAGCUGUCCACGGGCCUUGACGUCAACGUGCGCUUCACAGGCGUGUCGGACUUUGAGUACACACCAGAGUGUAUCGCCUUUGACCUGCUGGAUAUCCCGCUCUACCAUGGCUGGCUGGUGGACCCUCAGAGCCCUGAGAUGGUGGCAGCGGUGGGAAAGCUAAGCUACAACCAGCUGGUAGAGAAGAUCAUCGGCUACAAGCAUUCGGAAGACAGCAGCCGUGUCAGUGAAGGUUUGGUGGCAGAGCAGUUUCUGGAGUGCACAGCGACCCAGCUAUCGUACCACGGACUUUGUGAGCUCAACACUAAAGUCAAGGAGGGCGAGCUGUCCGUAUUCUUCAGAAACAACCACUUUAGCACCAUGAUAAAGCACAAGGGCCACCUGUACCUGCUGGUGACAGACCAGGGCUUCCUGCAGGAGGAGGGGCUAGUGUGGGAGAGCCUACACAAUGUGGAGGGCGACGGCAACUUCUGCAACUCAGACUUCCGCCUGUGCCACCCGCCCCAGAGGAGCGUCCUCGUGACACAGCCCGACAGUCUCACGCCCCAGCAGCAGCAGAGACAGAUUGACCAGGACUACCUAGUGGCCAUGUCUCUGCAGCAGCAGCAGCAGGGGGUGGCCCCGGGGCCCCUCAGUGACCUGGACCUGGCCAGAAGGCUGCAGGAGGAGGAGUACCAGAAGCAGCAGCAGCAGCAACAAGGUCCCUCCCAGGCCCCAGCACAGCAGGUGAGACGUCAACUGGCAGCCAAGCCGGGAGGUCAGAGGAGACGGGAGAAAAAGGAUGAUUCCGACUGUGCCAUAUUAUAGCGACACCUAAACUUACCCUAUUCCCCCAUGAGCCUGCACUUCAUUGCAUUAAGCCAACCCCUAACACAUACACACACAGUUAGGGGAUUGUGCCCCUGCCAUCUCAAUGCCAAACUCACCCUUCACACUAAACCUUGAGGUUGUACCUCCCCAUCUCUCACCCAUGUUCUUCUUUGAACAUCCAGGCCAGAAGGUGGCAGUACUAGUCCUGCUUUGCUAGACCUCAGAACAGAAUCUAAACGUGAAUUGAGGCUGCAGAGAGGAAAUCCCAUGCAGUUGGUUGGUUACAGCAGCUGAGAAUCAUAACCAAGACACGUCACAACCCAGGUAGUCACACAUCAGGGGUCGUCUUCUAUUCAGCUAUCACUGCCCCUCUUGAGAAAUAUGAGCGAAGUUUGUAACUGUGGUCUGGUUUGGUUUCUAUGGCAACGAGGCAGACAGUGGUCUGAUUUUGUAAGCUAAGUGGACAGAAAGUGAAGGUCUAAAUUAAAGGGAAGUCGCUACAGCUCUGACCAACUGAUGCAUCUUGAUAGAUGAUGCAACUUUUGAAAUUGCAAAAAAAAAGUUUAAAUUAAGAGCACAAAGACAACCCCCCUUCGCUGCUACCUUCUCGCCCUAGAAAGAUCUGUUUUUAAGCAAACUGUAGGGUAGUUGUCAUCUGACUCAUUCAAGCCAUGAUGGAAACUUCAGUACAUUCCUGUCCUAUACAGAACAAUGCACAAUUAUGCCUGGGUCGAGAAGCGGGCUCUGCAAGCCCGACGAACGAACGAAGAGAUGGCCGUUUUCCCCAAAGUCCUAUCUGCUAGAGUAAGCAUGGGCUUUUCUUUCCCUGUCAUAUAGUGUACUAUGCUGUAGUUAGUAGCAGGGAGGAAUUAUGCAGAAGUUGAGUGGUAUGGGCAGUGAACGGGAUCUGCUGGAGCAUCUUUUGUGGAUGACUUUUGAGAUCAUUGGAGGGUUAAAGAUGACUAUAUGGGAAUAAGAGUCGCAUUAAAGGUCCAAUGCAGCUGUUUUUAUCUAAAUUUUAAAUAAUUGAAAGGUAAGAAUUUUAAAUGGUCAAAAAGAAUCAAAUAGCUUCUUAGGAAAGAGCCAUUUCUGGAGCAAGAAUUUUGAUAGGACCGUCUAUCUGCGAGUGGUCUGAGUGGGGAGGGGAAACCUGAAAAUUAGCUGAGAGGUUUGGAACGCUUUCUUAUUGGUCUAUUAACCCAUUUCAGGCAGGCCCAAAUGUCAUCCCAAAACCACAGGCUAACAUUUCUGAAUUUAACAGUAUUAUUCCAACAUCAGUGUGGAAAUAUAUAUAUAUAUAUAUAUAUACUGAA